AUUGAGAUAAAUAAGUAAGCGUAUCUAUCUGGACGCAUUGUAUGUGUUAUUUAUGUUGAAUCUUUUUGCCGUCCAAUAUUGCAUAUAACAUGAAAUACUCACAUGGGAUAGUCCAAAAGAUGUGUAUAAAGGAUUUGUAGUUCGCCAUUUGUUCAAGAAAAUGUUACUUCUAUUAGUAUCAUAGUCACCAUGCAUUAAUAUAAUGCAAAGACCACACAUUGAAGACAACGCGGGGCGUAGAGUCACUCAAGGGGAGAUUAACCAAGUUCUUAGCGCUGGAAGAUUGAUUCAAAGUGCUGGGCUUGGAGGUGGUCCAAGGUUUGAGUCUGAAGUGAUGUCAGGUGGACUACAGUUUCCUGGCUUACAGAAUUUCGCUGGGGCUGCCGGACAUGCCCAUCAGGCCCCUAUUCAGCUUCCAGGGGGGAUAUCAGGCCCUGGGGCUGGUGGUAUGACCCCGGGGCAUGGGCUGGGCGGAGCACACCCAACACCUGCACAGGUGCACACAGCGCAAGUUCAAGGUCAACAGCAACAGUUCCAGAGGCUAAAAGUAGAGGAUGCCCUGUCCUACCUAGACCAGGUGAAGUUACAGUUUGGUAAUCAGCCCCAGGUCUACAAUGAUUUCUUGGACAUCAUGAAGGAAUUUAAAUCGCAGACUAUUGACACCCCUGGCGUCAUCAACCGUGUGUCAAACCUGUUCAAAGGCCACCCAGAGCUUAUUGUUGGCUUCAACACGUUCCUUCCACCGGGCUACAAGAUUGAGGUACAGGCCAAUGAGAUCAAUGUUCAUCAGCCCGGCCAACAGACCGUGUCCAUAUCCACGCUGAAUCAAAUGGCCCAGGCUGCUGCUGCUUGUCAACAGCAUAAACCUAUUCAGAGCCACGUGGCCAACCCGCCCAGUCACACCAACCCGCCUUCCCAACACUCCUACCACCAACAGCCUCGACCUGCCGCUGUGGAAAGCCCAGCGGGUCAACCAAAUGCACAACCGGGCCAGCAACCAGUGGAGUUCAACCAUGCCAUUAAUUACGUGAACAAGAUCAAGAACCGUUUCCAGGGGCAACCAGAGAUCUACAAGGCGUUCCUGGAGAUACUACACACAUAUCAGAAAGAGCAGAGGACAAUUAAAGAAGGGGGAUUGGGUAUACCCCACUACCCCUUCCAGGGCACUGUGCCCCCUGGCCACAAGCCCCUCACAGAGGCAGAAGUGUACGCACAGGUGGCAAAGCUUUUCCAAAACCAGGAAGACCUGCUUGCUGAGUUUGGGCAGUUCUUGCCGGAUGCAAAUGGGUCGUCAAAUUAUUCUGGAUAUACUUUUUCACAUUUUCAGUCCCUGUUUGGCUCGGACUCAGUCCUGGGUGUAAGAAACGACCACUCGUCCACGGUGAAGAAGCCAGGAUUUGCAAGCAAGCCGCCAGGACCAAAAAUUUCCAAUCAGCUUAGACGUUCUAUAUCAUCAAGUGCCCAGCCUCCUAUUAUUAAGAAGCCGCGGUUGGGAACAUUGAAAGAUGUAUCGCUGGCUGAGGCUGGAAAAUGGGGUACACUGAAUGAAUACGCUUUCUUUGACAAGGUCAGGAAAGCUUUACGCCACCAAGAGGUUUAUGAGAACUUCCUUCGUUGUUUGGUUCUGUUUAACAACGAGGUCAUUUCACGAGCAGAACUUGUACAACUCGUACAGACGUUUUUGGGCAAAUUCCCGGAGCUGUUCAAAUGGUUCAAGGACUUUCUGGGGUACAAGGAGUCAGGUGGGAUGGUGGAGUCUAUACCACAGAAUGCCACGGGCAAGGAGCGUAUAAGUGGAGAACUGGCCAUGGAAAUAGAUUAUGCGACCUGUAAGAAGUAUGGAGCCAGCUACAGGGCCCUACCUAAGACAUACCCUCAGCCAAAAUCCACCGGCAGAACAUCACUGUGCAAAGAGGUGCUUAACGACACAUGGGUAUCAUUUCCUUCAUGGUCCGAGGACUCGACGUUUGUAACGUCACGAAAAACUCAGUUUGAAGAACAUAUCUACAGAUGUGAGGAUGAACGAUUUGAGCUUGACGUGGUAAUAGAGACCAAUCUCUCCACAAUACGAGUGCUAGAAUCUGUUCAGAAGAAAUUGACGAGAAUGGCACCAGAGGACGCUGCUAAGUUUAAACUCGACAACUGCCUUGGAGGGACGUCAGAAGUUCUACACAGAAAAGCAAUACAGAGAAUUUAUGGGGACAAGGCACCAGAUAUUGUUGAUGGACUGAAGAAAAACCCAGUGGUGGCUGUCCCCUUGGUCCUUAGGAGGUUAAAAGCCAAAGAAGAAGAAUGGAGAGAGGCCCAGCGAAAUUUCAACAAAAUCUGGCGUGAACAGAACGAAAAAUAUUACCUGAAGUCUCUAGACCAUCAGGGUAUCAACUUUAAGCAGAAUGAUAUCAAGGCCAUACGUUCUAAGGCACUGCUGAACGAAAUUGAGACCAUUUAUGACGAGCGUCAGGAUACAGACGCAGGCACUCCACAUCUCAGCUAUGUCUACAAAGACAAGUCCAUCCUGGACGAUGCCUCUGGGCUCAUCAUUCAUCACAUGAAAAGACAAACAGGAAUCCACAAAGAUGAGAAACAGAAGAUCAAGGUUUUACUUAAACAGUUUUUGCCAGACCUGUUCUUCACUGCAAGACAGGAACUUAGUGAUGAUGAGAUGGAAAAAGAUGAUGAAGAAAUGGACACAGACGAAGGUGGGACUGAUCGCGAUAAGGACUCCAGAUCAGACAGUGAGAAGUCGGACAAGAAACGAUUGAGCGACACCGAAACACCAACAGUCCGGGUCAAGACAGAGAAAACUGACAGUGCUUCAGAGCCAGUGAAAAGCAAAACAGAGACAAAAGUCGAGGUAAAAGAAGAAAAGAUGGACACCGGGGAUGUCUCAAUGGAUGCCAGUGAUAUCAAAACAGAGUCGGAGACAGAAAAAGCAACCCCAGAAGACGAGGAAGAUGACGAUGUGUACACUCUGUUCUUCGUCAACAACAACUGGUACCUGUUGUUCCGCCUGCACCAGCUACUGUGUGAGAGACUACACAAGAUCUACGUGCACUCACAGACCAUUGCAGAGGAGGAGGCCCAGUGUAGGAAGGAUAGGAAGGAGUCCACCGCCGUAGCAUUGAGACUGAAAGCUCCUAGUGAGAUUGAGCCGGAUGAGUAUUUCCCGUACUUUCUGGACAUGGUGAAGAACGUGUUGGACGGAAACCUAGAGAGCACGAGUUACGAGGACCAGCUGAGAGAGAUGUAUGGGAUACAUGCCUACAUUGCCUUCACCAUGGACAAGCUGGUGCAGAACAUUGUCAGACAGCUGCAACACAUUGUGGUAGAAGAGAACUGUCACAGAGUGUCUGAACUGUUCAACGAUGAGCGAAGGAACCGCGCUACUGGGGGUCGUAUUGCUACACGUCAUCAGCGACAGCCAAUGGAAAACAGCUAUCAGAAGAGGGCAGAGCAGUGCUUGAGCGAGGAAAACUGCUUUAAAGUGACUAUACACAAGAUGGAGUGCCGACUGAGCAUAGAGAUGCUGGACUCGGACCAUGAGCCCCCUGACGACCCCGUGGAGGUGGAACGCUGGAGCGAGUAUGUUGAGAAAUACGUGAACAACGAGGACACUGCCACUGAAGAACUCAAGGAGAUGCUCAACAGGAAACCUGUGUUCUUAAGGAGAAAUGUACGGCAAGUUCGUAAGAAAAACAAAGAGCAACAAGGAGAAGAGGAGAAGGCCAAAAGAGAUGACUCUGAUAAAAUGUCGGAAAAAAGCAGUCGAUCAGUGGGUGGGAAAUCAGACAAAAGCGAUAAAAUGCAAUCCAAUGAAAAGGAAAGAGAAACCAAAAAGGAGGAAGGGGAGAAAGAAGAAAUGGAUAUUGAUAAGGAAGAAAGCAGUACAGAUAAGGGUAACAGGCAUAAUGAAGAUAGAGAUGGGGAUGAUAACGCGGAUAAUGAAGAUGACAAUGAUGAUGAUGACAAAGAAGAUGAUAAUGACGAUGAUGAAAUUAUAGGGAAGAAAGGUCCGAGGUCGGGAAGAGAGAUUGAUAUUAUUGACAACACAGAAUGCAAGUUUAACGUUAAUUCCUUCAAGCUCGUCUAUGUGAUCAAUAGUGAGAGCUACCUGUACAAGCGCAUGGCCUUGAAGCGGGCAAGGGAGUCCCACAAGGACCUGUCUCUAAAGCUGCAUGGCAAAUUCAGUGCAUGGGUGGACAAGUGGAAAAAAGCUCAUGUGACUCGGGAGCAGGAAACAAAAUGUUCCAAAUGGCUGAAUGGAGAUUCUGGCAACAAUCGACCCUGCAUCACGACCAAGGGGGACAUUGACGUGACAGAUAAGUCGCCAUAUUACAAGUACACAAAGUAUCGAGUGAAGUUUCUGAAAGAUCCAGAAUCAGAAUUGGAAUGAAUUGAACAAAAACUGUUGCAUUGAGGAACAUAUGGAUAUUAAAAAAAGAAAGAAAUUGUUCUGCUGAUGAAACAAGGAAUGACAAAUAUCUGUAAUGAAUAGUUUUCAGAUUGUGUUUUUUUUUCAAUUCACACUACUUUGAAUUUAUAAUUAGUUUUAAAUAUCUGCAGUAUCUUAAAGAGAAGAAUCAAAAUGGUUUACAAGAUGGUUUAAGCUCUACUGUGGUAAAUAUGAAAAGUUAACAGAGUAGCUGGUGACAGAGAGUCUGAUUUUGGUUCAGAAUGGGACAAAAUGGAGGGAUGAAACAUGCUGUACAGUAUGGGACAAAAUGGAGGGAUGAAACAUGCUGUACAGUAUGGGACAAAAUGGAGGGAUGAAACAUGCUGUACAGUAUGGGACAAAAUGGAGGGAUGAAACAUGCUGUACAGUAUGGGACAAAAUGGAGGGAUGAAACAUGCUGUACAGUAUGGGACAAAAUGGAGGGAUGAAACAUGCUGUACAGUAUGGGACAAAAUGGAGGGAUGAAACAUGCUGUACAGUAUGGGACAAAAUGGAGGGAUGAAACAUGCUGUACAGUUUGUUUUGUCUAAGUAAUUUGACAAAGUAGUGUAUUUAUCAACAGAUUCUCAAAAUAUUCACAAAGAAUAGUGUUUAGGAUUUUUUUGUUUUGAUUGACACACUCAAUAAUAUUUAUAGUGCUUUUUUCACCUUUGAAAGGUGCAUAAUUAUGGUGUACAAUAUUUGCAAAAUCUGUCAGCACAUAUUUCCUGUCUUGUAUAUAUGCACCAUUUAGAUGAGGUGAUAUAUAAUUCCGAUUAUUUGGAGGAAAAAUUAUUAUCUGUAGUUUUAAGAGACCAUCGACAGUUGCGUAACUUUUGAAAGCACUCUUCAAGUUCUUUCGUACAUUCUAAAGUAUAGUAUUUUUUUACAUGCCUUGUGGAAGUUACAUAAAAACAAGGCUAAGAUGAACUUCAUCUGUUGUUUAGGUUUGUGUAUGUUUUUCCGAACAUUCUAACUGUUCUCACAAUUAUCAUAUCAUUAUCAAUGCCAUGUAUUUGCUGCAUAAUCAUUGUCAUAUAUUUAUCAUUUCCAUUACCCAGCAUGAAUUUAUUGGUAGUAUUGACAUUCAGUACUUUACUUGUAUAAUAAUUUCAUUGUUUCUCAUCAUUUUCAUCAUCCCAGAUUUACUUUAUACGAGUAUUUACGCUUCAUAACUAACUAUUAUUCCUUUACCACUCAUCUUCUGUCAAGCAUUAUAAUGUACCUAAAUUACAUUUCCAUAGAAUACUGAUAACAGCUUCUGGCUUUUAAAGGUAAAUGUUGCCACUUCAGGAUUUUAUAAUAGGGCAGUGAAGGUAAAUGAUUUACCAACAGUUUUUAGCAAGGAAAAGCUUGUAAGCAUAUUCAAAUUGUACAUUAACUGGUAAGAAAACGGCUACAAAUCCAACUGUAGCGUCUGUUAGCCAUCUUGUAAGUUUUUUUUGUUAUUACAUGCACACGAAACAUGUAUAUUGCAUAGUAUCAUUCAUAUUCAAUUCAUAGCAUUCAAUGUUUUGUAACUUUUCAUGUAGAGAUUGUAGAAAUAAAGGAUUUGGUUUUGUGCUAAAA